UUGAAAAAACUUUCGUUUUUUCAAAUGUAAAUAAACAACAAAAUUGGGUGUGUCACCAUUAUGAAGGUAUCUGCACCUUGUUAAUAUGUAAUGGUAACUGGUAAUAUUUUCUCUACUGAUGUCUGAGGAACUAUUUUAUCAGCCUGAUGUAUAAAUAGAAUCAGAUCUGUGAGAAACAGUGAAUGUGCAAUUUCAGUCUCAAAAUCACAAAUUAUAUAUACAAAAUUUGAUUUUGAUUUAGGAAUUUUCAAGCAUUAUAUAUUGAAAAAUCAGACAAAUUUGAUAUUUUAAUGUCAAACCUGAUCCCUUGGGAUACCUAAACAACCAUUUAUUUUGUUUUUUUUUUGGAUUUUUGAAGUUCUCAGGGUUUUCUUUGUGUGUGUAGGUUUUAGAGGAGUACUUGUUUUUAAGGAGUUUUUAAGGAGAAUCUAUGAGAAAUCCAUUUUCUUUAUAGUAAAGAGAUCUAAGAUAAAGGAUGAAGUAGCAGGAGAUACUUGGGUAUUCUAAAAUAUACAUUUUUAGCUUUUUACACUGGGAUAAAGUGUUAACCAAUAAAUCUUCUAUAGGACCAGGAUAUAUAUGCAGUAUCAAAGACAAUGAUGUGAAAAUUAAUAUAUAUAAUACAAAAAAACUGGUAAAAACAUUGGAAGAUUUUGUACAACAAAUCUGCCAUGCUACAUAUCUCUGUGGUAUUAUUGGUAGUGGUGGUCAAUUUUUUCAUCUUCAAAACUCCAAUUAACUAUGCCAACAACAUUUUAAUGGGUCAGUUCUGUUGUAAGAUCACUCAAAAAUACAGGCAACAAGACAAUUAUGAAUACACACCAAAUGCUGCUAUUGUUCACUUUGGCCGUCUAUGUUUUGAGUUGAAGAAUAAAUGGAGACUACAGAGGCAUCAUCCAGUGGAACUUCCGAGAAGCCUUUUGCAUGUAACAUUGAUGGAUGCAAUCGUGCUUACAAGACUAAAGGAAAUUUAAAAACACAUCAAAAAAUCCAUUCUGGUCAAUUUAGCUUUUAUUGUGAUUAUGAGGGCUGUGAUAAAGGUUUUGUUUCAGCUUAUAGUUUCAAGGUGCAUUACAGGCAUCAUACAGGCGAAAGACCUUAUUCUUGUGACUCAGAUGGUUGCGAGAAAACUUUCAACACAUUAUAUCGGCUUCGUGCUCAUCAACGUCUACAUAAAGGAAACUUGUUUGACUGCUACUUUGAAAACUGUGAAAAAGGAUUUACAACACGGAGUGAUUUAACAAAGCAUAUUCGCAUUCACACGCAGGAGAGACCUUUCCAAUGCACUGAAGGAGAUUGUAAGCAAACCUUCCUUGCUUCUCACCAUUUAAAAGCUCAUUUAAGGAGACAUUCUGGGGAUAAACCAUUUGCCUGCAAUGAAUCUGGUUGUGAAAGAGCAUUUUCUUCUAAAUAUGGUUUGAAAGUGCAUAUUAAAAGACAUAAAAGUACAGGGGACCUCAGUUGUCCUGAAUAUGGCUGUACAAAAACCUUUGUUUCAAAAUCAAGUUUGUCAGAUCAUUUAAAGAAGCACUCAAUCAGCACAAGCAAUCUUUUCACAUCACAUGGCUCUUACACAUCUCCAAGUCAAUAUGAUAAUAUUCACAUAUCAAAAAAUGUAAAUACAAAUACAUUGGAUUUAAAUAUUUUACAAUCUGGAGACAACACUCUGUCCAGUCAUUCAGAUAAUUUCCAAAAUAAUAAUAGCCAAGCUUUGGAACAUGAAGAUGACAAUAUGGAUUAUGAUAGCGAUUCAAGAUCUUCAAUAUAUUCUCCUACCCACACACAUUUUCAACCUAAAUUUACUCAGACACAAUUUAAUUAUGUGUCUUCGACAGACUCAACUAAUGUAUCGGAAACAGUUUCAACAUCCAACCCAUCUGAUAUUGUGAGCUUACUCAAUCAGUCUUACUUCACUAUUGAUGACAGUGAGGCUGCUUUAAAGUUGCUGUCUUUUUUAGCAACAAGAGGAAACUUGCAUAUUUUAAAUGAACACGGCAGUGAUUCUAGUUUUAACAAUGACCUGGAAACAUCAAAGGAAAUUGAAAAAACACAAAAUGGUAUUGAUGAAAAGCGUUUAGAAGCAAAUAUUCAUCCAUCAACCUUUGUUGAAUCCUGUAUACUGAAUGCAAUAAACACAGAUAAGACUGGCAAUAUUGUUGCAAAUUCAACAAAUGACUUCAAAUCAACCAUGCGGCUAGAUUCUGUUAUAAAGUGCCCAACGAAUUGUCAAACCAAGAAUAUAGUUAGUAAUUUGAUUCAUGGAAGCACAACUAAAUCAGUCAGUGCAAGUCAAGAAAACAUUCAGCACUCUUCACAUCAACCUCCUGUGCAAAAUGGUAGCACAAAGUGUUGUCAAAAGCCAUCAGAUAAAUGGAUUGAAAACAACAAACCCAUACUAAACCAUAAAAGCUUAUUUCUUGCUUCAGAAUUACCAGAUAAUCCUGUUUCUGAAACAAUGGUUGAAACAACUGUAGGUAACCAUUAUAACUUGGAUAAGCAAGACAAACAUCAGAAGGUUUUUACAUGUAACUGUUGUAACUGUGAAAAUUGUACCUGCAAAACGAAACCAGAGAGUCCCAUGGUUGUGAAUAUUAUCACACCUAAUGUUUUGAAUGCACCACUUUAGCGUGGACUCCUUAUGGACUGUUUCUAUUGCAAUCAUAUUUUCUGUUAAUAUACAGGUUUUAUUAUACCUAAAAAUUUUAUUAUAAAACCUAACAAAUUAUCUCUAUGACAGAAACAAUUGUUUUUAUAAAUCCAAGUGUUGAUGUUGUUGGUAGUGGUGGUGUUGUGUGUCUGUUUUAAUAUUAUUGUGCAAACUGCUACUUUUUGCCUAACAUUGAACUUUUUGUUGUUUAAUUUUUACACUAUGCAUAUAAUAACAGUAUUUUUUGCCUAAUUUUUCAACACUUUCCAAUAUAAACACUCUUUCAGUUACACAAAUAUUAAGGAGGAAAUAAACAUAUAUUUUCAGAAUAACUUUUAGCUUCAGUAAUUUUAAGUAAAAAAAACUUGCAUUGAAUGCUGAUCAUAUACUCAAUAUGAAAUUGAAGUUAACAUCCUUAGCAAUUUUAGGAUAUUUUUUCACUUUAAAACAUUGUGGCUAAGAAAUACUGCUAGAUUUUUCAAAACAAAUUUUUUCAUUUACUUAAUUAGAAAAAGGUUGAGAGAGAAAUUUUAAAGUUCCCCAAUUUUUUUGAAUGAACUUUUAGGGAUUCUCAAAUUAAAAAAUUUUCAGAAGAAAAACUUUUCCGGUAUAUGAAAUUGGAAGUUUUCCCAAGAUCAACUCAUGAUAAGUUCUCAAGUUUCUUACCAAAUAGAAGGUUUGCAUUUGAAAUAAGUGUCUAAUAGAGAAUGGAUAUUUUUUCCUUUUUUACCCAAUAAAGUAUUAGUACAACAAAGUGACAUCAUUCCCAGAAAUUUGUUUUUUGCUUGAUUCGUUGAGGACACAUGCAUAUCUAGUUUCAAGUUUUAAGAGAAAUUCGGCCAUUUGAAAAUUUCUGAAGUUUAAAGCUUCAUGAAUCGACAAUAUGUAUAGUUUGUACUGAAUAAACUUUUGCAAAUGGUCAUUUGGAAAUUUCUGUAAGACAAAGUUUCUUGGAAGUGACUAUAAAGUAAUUAAAUUCGCAAACGUUUUCUGAUAAAAGUAACUAGGUAACUAUAUUUCUCUAGUUUGAAUACCUUGUAUUUUUUUAUGUAUAUUUUUCUGAAUUCUACAUCUUUGUGCUUUGUAUAGUAUAAUAAUUGUUUUUUUCAAAAAAAAAGUGUUUUGGUUACCAUUGUCUACAGACUGUGUGACUGCACAAUCUAGUCCUAAAAAUAAAACCCUUGAAACUUGUUUUUGACUCUAUCAAGAUCCCUAAAAAGCUUGUUAUUGUUCCGUUUAGAUUCCCUCUAAUUUAUUAUCAUAAUAUUAUAAGAUAUUUUAUUUCAAUUUUUUUAUAUUUUAGGAUAUUUCUUUUACUUGUCAUCUAAAGUAAACCGACAUGUAUGCAUUACAUUUUAGAUACUAUUGCAUUGCUUGGCAUAUUAUUAUUUAUUAAAAAGUCAUUUAGUUAUACAUUUAUGUAAAAAGAAAUUUAUAUCAGACUAAUUGUGUCUUAUAUUUCUUCUCAUUGUCUUGUUACUUGAAUAUAAGUAUUCAAUAGAUUGUUCUUUUUAACUUUAAGAAAGACUUUUUUUUACAGUAAGGAGAGUAGGGUCAAGGCACACUUGAUCCAUCAUCUUUGCAACACUUCGGAAGAUAAAGUGCAGAGUAAUUUUACCAAUAUUUCUCAUAUAUAUCCGUUUGAUG